CUCUGCUCCUCUUUUUGAACCUACUCCUGCAGAGAAAGCAAGGAGACAAAGAAAAGUAUAAUGGCUCCGCCGAUAAGGACCGUCGCGAUUUACAACACUCACGAAGUGCACUCCAUCGAUUUCUUCGGAAACGAGGUAACCGUUACCGUAACGUCGGAUGCCUCCGUCAUCUGCGAAUGGAUCAGCAACGUCCACACCUACGACUGUGCUCCGUUAACGUACUCCCAUCACCCUCUCGUCGUUGGAGUCGGCGUUCAGUGGACACCGUUUUGUUAUCGCUCGUGCGACGGAGAUUCUUCACCGGGAAGUUACAACAGCGACGACAACUCCUAUUCUCCUCCGCCGCCGCCGCGUCGAUACUACGUCGAUAGUCCAGCAGACACUCUCCAGUUAGGCGUGGGCAACGAAUGUCUCGUAAUCCAGCUAUCUCACUGUGACCACGUCCCCGACGAACUCCGCAUCUUCCUCUUGGAUCCAGAUACGAUAUUCAUCGGCGUCCGGAACAGUCAAGACGCGCGGAAGCUAGCGAAAUCUAGGCAUGAGCUGCAGAUCGGAGAGCUUUUGGACUUGAGGAACUAUGCUCAAGAUUGUAGAGGCCGCAGCAUGAGGCGUUGUUCGUUUGAGGAGAUUGUGGAUGUGUGUAUGCGUUGUCCAGGAGUGAGGCUAGAUCCGGAGAUAAGCAUGAGUGAUUGGAGCGCUGAAGACCUUAGUCAUGAACAGAUACGUCAGGCGUCACUGGAUGUGUAUGUUUGCUUUCAGCUUGGUGUUUGUCAUCGUAUAUGGGAAGGUUGAAACAAAAAGAAAGUUGCGAAUCUCUUGAAUCUUUCUUUUGUUAGGUUGUGACUUGUGAGGAAAAAAAAAUGCUGUUCUUGAUUCGUAGUAAGACAUGAGUAGUAUGAUACAACUAUGUUUAUGUUUGCUUUCAGCUUGGUGUUUGGGUUUUGUUUAUGGGAAGUUUAAAAAGUUUCCAGAUUAAUGUUACUAAACUGAAACUCAUAAUCCCUCUUUAUUAGUUUGUGAGAAAAAAGCUGUUUUUCAUUAGCGUUAUAUAUUAAUCCA